AUGGAGUCUCGAUUUGAGGUGUUGGAAGAGGAGACGCACUACCCUGUAGCACAUCUUAAGGACGAGACUAAUAGUCAUCCUCAAGUGUCACUGGAAGAGAAGGAGGAAGAAACGUUGGAGCAGCAGUUAGAGCGUCUCGUGCUCAGUGUUAAGAAUGACGAUGUGGAUGAGGAUACAUCAGACGAGAAGAAUGAAGGCGUCAAAGACAAAUCAAAAUAUGUCAAAAAGGCAUCAAGUGCCAAAGAACUCGGCAACAAAUUUUUCUCACGAGGCAGCUUUUUGGACGCUAUCGAGUGCUACACAACAGCACUGAAGCUCUGCCCCGUAGAUGAAGAGUAUGCAUACAAUAGAGCAGUCUACUUCAGCAACCGAGCAGCGUGUCUGAUGCGCCUUGGGCGGACUGAAGAGUCGGUGGACGAUUGUACACAGGCAGUGACUCUUUCGCCUACAUAUGUGAAGGCUCUUUUACGGCGGGCAGAGGCAUAUGAAAAGAUGGACAAGCUGGAGGAAGCCUUAGCAGAUUACAACGCCAUCCUCAAGAUCGACCCAACGGUGCCCACGGCUGUAAAGAACCAUGAGCGACUUCAGAAGGUUGUGCACGAGCGGCAGGAAAAGAUGAAGGCAGAGAUGUUGGAUAAGCUCAAGGGAUUUGGUAACACGAUCCUGGGCAAAUUUGGACUCAGCACCGAUAAUUUUCAAAUGGUCCAGGAUCCUGCUACGGGAUCGUACAACAUUAACUUUCAACAAAACCCAGGACAGCAGCCGUCGAAGUAA